GUACGUACCUUACUUCUCUUGAGUUAAUAUUCUUGUCUCAGUUUUGGGGACUUGCAGAGUUUGACCUACAAGGGAUCGACACAGAGCAACCUGUUGGUUCCCAUACUGGUUCCUUGUAAGACAUUUUGAUAUCAUAAAGAUGAAGUUCCUUGUUUGCCUGUCCUUGUUUUCCUUCGCUGUUUCCAGUCCACUUGAACAAGUCAAAGGAAUCGAUAACUACUUCCCCACCUACUUUGUGAGAGCCGCCGGUAACCAUGGACACCACCACGUUACCCCCACCGACAAGUUCGUCGGAUUUUCCGCCGGUCUGACAAAGAUGCUCAAAACCAACGACACAGACCUGAUUGUUUAUGACCGUGUCUUCCUCAACAUGGGUAAUGGCUACGACUCCAGUACCGGGGUGUUCACCUGUCCAAACGCUGGCACCUACGCCUUUCUGGUCCAUGGUGUAUCUACCGCCACCAGUCAACUGAAUCUGGACAUCUACCGGAACAACAACUACACCGUCAGUGUGUUUGCGCACGUCAAUAACGGCUACGCUUCCGGUCACCAGUCUAUUAUCCUACAGUUAGACCAACAGGACACCGUCUUUGUCCAGGCCCGGGGGGUGAGCGCCCUGUACGGCCAGCAUAACGAAGUGUAUAGCACGUUUUCUGGGUUCAUGGUUGUCCCUAAUAUCGGGCGCACCGGUAUUGUUACGACACCGCCACCCAUGGGAAAUAUCAUAGGAUGAUUGUCAACCAUAUACUUUGUGUUAAAUGUUAUUAAAUGUGUUACAAUCA